CCUUCCAAUUAUUCUGUUCUGUUCUGUUCUGUUCCUGAAGCAAGCCAUUCCACUGAUUAAUUGUUCUCACUGUUAGGAAAUUUCUCCUUAGUUGGAACUCUCUUUAACUGGCUUCCACCCAGUACUUUUUGUCUUGCCCUCAAGUGCUUUGGGCUGGUCAAGCUUAUUCCUCAAUGCCUUCACUGGAAAAGUUGCUAGAAGUUCAGAGAGAUAUUCAGCAAUGCCUUGAAAGUAGCCUGGAUUGAGCCAUGUAGCACAGUCAAACUUCAGUAUAUUAUGUCACAAGAUGCUUUGUGAUCAUUUUUACCAUAAAACGUUUUAGAAAUUUUGGCAAAUUUCAAGUCCACAGGACUCGUGGGUUCUGGAUUUUAGUCUAAAGCCACAGGAAAACUGACCAAUCAGGUGUGAGACAGGGUAUUCCUUCACCCUCUUGGGCUUCAUCAGACUUGUGUGAAUAUAGGCUACAGAUACCUUUGCACAACGUGGUCAUCUGAUUACUGAACAACCUGUUCCCUGGUGUUGCGUAAGACGUUGGUUCACACAAUGACUGAGUUUGCACAACAUGUUAAGGCUCACAUUAAUCAAGGUUGGCAGUUGUGUGAUGGCAGUCGCAGAUCUGAUAACUUGAAGGAGUUGUAGGAAUAUUUGCAUUGAGGCAUCAGUAUAAUUGAGAGAGAGAGGCAUCAGUAUAAUUGACAUAUUUCUUCAUAGCUCUUCACUCCUACUUCUCAGUGAUUUGCAAACGCAGCUCCACUCCCACAUGGAAAUUGCACAAGGUAUAAAUACUGCAAAGAAUGCAAUGUCAGCAAUGAAAGAGAGUGGAGAAUUGCUGAGAUUUAACAGGUGCUGGCGGGGUCAAAGUUGCCUUCUGUUGUGGAUUGUAAAGGUAAAGGACAAUGAGUUCCUUUUAACUUCAUUCGCCAACUACAGGGUGUCAUGCUCAUCUCCAUUCCAAGGCCAUUGAGCAGGUGCUGUCCGAAGACAUUUCCGUGGUCAUGUCGCCAGCAUGACAUCACAGAGCACUGUUAUUUUGUGGAUUGUACACAAAAAAAUAACCUAGUUCCCCAGACAGGCAAAAAAAUCCCAAACCUGGUAUAUUUACCUGCUGUCCUCCAAAUGUGUUGGGACCACAGUUUGCUGGAUUCCCAGCCAUGGAAGCUUUUGACAGGGUGGUGGAAGAUUGAAGAUGUCCCAUAAACAUGAUGGAAAUCAGAUUCCAGGGAAAGGGAUCCCUGCAUCAUCCCACAAGAUAUCAAUAAGAAAAUGUAAAUAAAUAAAUCUGGUAGGAGAAACAGCCUUGCCUGAUAAUUUCGCAGGGGAAGGUUUUUGAGCAAAACAAAUCAUGUCUGGGAAUGAUGAUCUUGCUGCUUUAUGGAGGUGUGAGAAUCACACAGAUCACAUGUACCUCUGCCUAAUAAAUUUCCCCCAUCUCUUUCCUCCAGGCCUGUUGAGAGAGGUAGAAAAAAAAAAUAACCAUGCCAAAGAGUUGCCAACGCAGGCUUUGUUUUAGCCUUACCUGCUUUGUGUUAUUAUUAGCCGGUGUUAUGUAAACUUAUCUUUCAGCAUUGCAGGCUGCUUUUAAAAUUGACAUUGAGCCGAGGGAUUGUUAUUUGGCAACUUCACAACCCACCUCACCCUCAUACCCUCAAGGCAAAGUGGGUAGUAAUCUGUCCUUCAGUUUUGCCUUUGCAACAGCACAACAUUUGUGCAAUAAAUUGGACUCAAAGUUGGCUCUAGGCUCAGCGUGAUCAGUUCUCCCACAGCUGUAGAUGGAAACAAACCUCACUCUCAAAAGUCCUGCUUCAACCGUUUGUCGGUUAUACCAAGAUACUGCUUAAUGUAUAACGCCAGAAAAGGUGGUGUAAAGCCCCCAGGUUCAGUUUCAUGGAUGUUCAGAGCAACUCAGUAUUCAUGCAUGCUGCUUAGUUAUAUUCUAGAGCGUAAGACUCACCGAGAGAAAGUGGUUAUGAAGCUCAGACUUCUGGAAUCAAGCAUGAGCUCAGGACGCAAGAUGUUUAGGCUUGGCAAUAUCGUGCAUGCCGUCGUGGCAGCCCAUCAAGCUUCUCAGUUGCCGUACAUCAUUCCUCGCUUCUUCCUGACUGCCUCCAAUAUGAACCGGGUUAUGUACUUUGCCUGUGACACCGUCUUGUGGGUGAAGAGCGUUGGGCUCCUCUCGGAGAUCAAUGAGAAGAAGUGGCGCAAAUGGGCGACCAAGUGCUACUACUAUUCCCUGGUGAUAAACCUGGUCAAGGAUUUUUAUGAGCUCUGCUGGCGCAUGAAGCAGACCACCUCCAGCCAGAAGCCCCAAAAGACCUCGACAGCCGGCAGGCAGAAAUUUCAGAAUGUGGCUUUCCUGACCAACGGUGAGCUACAGACUUUUCUCCUGCUUGCCUUCCUCACAUUAAAGAACUACCCACCCCUCUUGCUGGAUACGGUCAAGAACCUUUGUGAUAUCUUUAGUCCGUUGGACCGACUGGGCAUCUACAAGACCAACUCUGGAGUUAUAGGGCUGUGUGGUGUCAUCUCCUCCCUGGUGGGAAUCCUUACUGUGAUGAAGCCACACCUACGGUUGAAGCAUUGACUUGGAGCUUGUUUCACCCCUGGUGCAUAUUGGCCUCCACUUCUUUGAUGAUGGAGUUUUGUCCUCCCAAACCCUAGUUGAAUUCUUUCUUCUUCUUUUCCUUGGGCUGUCAUAUUGGGCAGCCCAAAUGACCUGGAUUAAGUUGGGAGAGCGAUAAAACGUCCUUGACCGAAGACCUUUUUCCAGCUACGCAACGAAACAAGCAAAACUGUCCCUACUCAAGAUGUGUCGGUCUCAAACCUUGGUGAGGAGCCAGUCAAGUCUUUCGUUCUGGGAUAGAGAACAGCGGAUUUGAAGUUAAUUUGAAACAGAAUUGCCUUUUAGAUUACGUAUUUCUCCCCCACCCCCCAGCAUUGCUUUUUAAGGGUUUAUUGCUGUUAUCCGGGAUGAAUUCCAGAGCUUAACUAACCCUCUUUAACCAGAAACAGUACAUGUUUACAGGCCCCCAAACUGCUGUCUCUAGCUAACAUUUAGCUAUUCUUGUUUCUGGCAGACUGCGAAGUUUUUUUAUGAUUUUGUUUUUUAAUGUCACGCUAAUUCUUUUGCCUGUGGAAUGACGAUGAGCAUUUAUUCGUCACAAACACAUUGGAUCCCCUGAAAGAAGGUUUAUACAGUAUGGAGCAUUGUUUUCAGGUGCUAAAUGUGCAGUGGGAGUGAGGGAGAAAGUUUAUACUUAAAGUUUGUGCUUAAUCUGUACAUUGCUAGAAAUGAGACAGUUUGCUUUUCUUGGGGGGAAUGGGAUUCAGGAACAGUAUUGUGCCUUUUUCUUCAGUAUUCUGAUUCAAACUUAAAGUUUGUGCUUAAUCUGUACAUUGCUAGAAAUGAGACAGUUUGCUUUUCUUGGGGGGGAAUGGGAUUCAGGAACAGUAUUGUGCCUUUUUCUUCAGAAUUCUGAUUCUCUCCGGAAUAAGUGCAAUUGUAUUUCUAUUUUGGCUGAGAAAAAAAAUGUAAAUAAAAGAAUAUCUAAACUUUUCACUUUGGAAA